GACUUGAGGACUGGGCUGCAGCCUGAGACCCGAGCGGACGGCGUCAUGAAGCCUCUGCCGUACUUCUGCCGGGGCGAGGUCGUGCGGGGCUUUGGCCACGGCUCCAAGCAGCUGGGCAUCCCCACCGCCAACUUUCCUGCUGAUGUGUCCGCUGGCAUUUAUUACGGAUGGGCCAGUGUGGGAACCGGAGAAGUCCAUAAGGUGGUGGUGAGCAUAGGAUGGAACCCAUACUACAAGAACACGAAGAAGUCCAUGGAAACUCAUAUCAUGCAUACCUUCAAAGAGGACUUCUAUGGGGAAAUCCUCAAUGUGGCCAUUGCUGGCUACCUCGGACCAGAAAAGAACUUUGAUUCUUUAGAGUCACUUAUUUCAGCAAUUCAAGGUGAUAUUGAGGAAGCUAAGAAACGACUAGAUUUACCAGAGCAUUUGAAGCUCAAAGAAGACAAUUUCUUCCAGGUUCCAAAAAGCAAAAUAAUGAAUGGUCACUGAUGAAAAAUCAUCUUACUUAUUCAUUCAUUGUUCUCUAAAAUCCUACAGCUGUGACUUAGUUUAAGCAGUACAAUGUAAUUAUUAUUAUGCUUCAUGUUCAAUUAAACCCAUCAUGCUACAGUACUAACAAUAUUCAUUUUAAAAAUCCAGAUUUUGUCUAUGUAAUAUGUUGACUAAAAUUUACCACUAGAAAUAUCAAGUGUUUUAUAAGGGAAAUGAAAUGUAUAAAGCUAUGGGUAAAAAGGCAAGUCACUAGUUUGAAAUGAAAACUAAUUAUAGUAAAAGACUAGCGUGUAUGUACUUGUAUAGCAUGUGCUGCUAAACAGAAGGCUUUUAAAAGUAAAUGUAUUAAAACAGGUUUGAUAUCUUAUAAACCUAAGAGGGAAAACUCACACAUUGUAUUUUUUCUAUUUUGUGCAUUAAAAUAUUACUACAAA